UCUCAUCUUCAUUUUCAUCAAAGAAGUAGGCUGAGCAUCUCUCUCGAGAUCGACAAUCCAACCGCAUCUUUCUCAUCAAAGAAGUAGGCUGCUUUAUCAACCCCUCUCUCCCUCUCUCUCCAUGUUCAUCCAUGUCUCCAUCUUCAUCAAACCCAUUCACCCUCUUUCUCUUUCUUUAGAUCUCAUCUCACCAUCAUCAAACCCAUUUCCCUAUUACCAUUUUCUUGGAGGCCCACCAAUCACUUCACUAGCCACUGCCACUCCGAGCUUGGAGUUCAAUUCUGAUUCUAAGCCCCUCCACGGAUUCGAUUAAUUCGGGUUUUCGUGCCCUUGUUCAAUGUGUUUUCACUUCUGUGAUUGCUCGUUUUGGGAUUGAACAAGAAGGUCCUCUUCGCGAUCGCUUCAGUCAAAGUCUACUUCGAAGAGCGUUUUCACGUACCAAUAACAAAAAUGGAGAGGUAGCUGCUAAUUUGGCAAUACAGUCAGCAAUUGCAUUGGCUUCGAUCAUGAUAGUUAUACCGCAGCUGCUGGAGCAGGGCAGAGAACUUGGCACAAAGAUGCAUGCUGUCCUGAUGAUAUUAAGAAGGAAGAAAACAUCUGAAAAACCCUCCUCUCCUCUCAUUCACAAACAAAUAAUAUUCCUGUUUACUGUGAAAUUGACCAUUAAUUGAUCUAUUAGAAUGCACCAACUGCUUCUUCCUCAUCUUCGUUCCUACAAAGUUGAUACCACCGUUAUUCACUGCUCCAUUAUUCUCCUGCUAAAACUCCCAAAAUUUUCUUUCUUCUCUUCAACACCCCAACAACAACAACCACCACCACAACAAGAAGACCAUAAUCAACGGCAGAAACAAAAACAACUCAAACAGAUGCAAAAACAUGUAGUUCCUUCUCCUCCUCCUGCAAUCCCAAUUGGGUCCCCUGCUCAAAUCCAAAAGCUCAUAGCUUCCCAACCAGACCCACUCCUUGCCAUAGAAAUUUUCAAUUUGGCCUGUCGCCAACCCAACUUCCACCACUCUUACUCUUCCUUCCACACUCUCAUUCUCAAACUCGGCCGAUCUCAUCACUUCUCUCUCAUGCACAGCCUCCUCUCUCGUCUCAAAGCCCACGGCUGCCCUGUUGCUCCUUCCCUCUUCUCUCACAUCAUCCGAUUCUAUGCCGAUGCCCAACUUCCCGACAAAGUCCUCAACACCUUUUACACCAUCCUCCAAUUCAAUACCAAACCCCUGCCCAAGCACCUAAGCCUUGUCCUCCAGGUCCUUGUCGCUCAUCCCACCUAUCUCCGCCCUGCUUUUGACCUUUUCAAAUCUGCUCACCGCUUCGGAACAUCACCCAACACUAACUCUUACAACAUUCUGAUGCGUGCCUUCUGUUUUCAUGGUCGUCUCAGCAUUGCAUAUUCCCUGUUCAAUCAGAUGUUUAAAAGAGAUGUUGCUCUUGAUGUUGAGUCCUAUCGAAUUUUAAUGCAGGGAUUGUGUAGGAAGAGUCAGGUGAACAAAGCUGUUGACUUGUUGGAAGAUAUGUUGAACAAAGGUUUCGUGCCAGAUACUUUGAGCUAUACCACAUUGUUGAAUUGUUUGUGUAGGAAGAAAAAGCUUAAGGAGGCUUACAAGCUCCUUUGCAAGAUGAAGGUUAAAGGAUGCAAUCCUGACAUUGUUCAUUACAAUACUGUCAUCUUGGGAUUCUGCAGGGAAGGUCGUGCUUUCGAUGCUUGUAAGGUUCUGGAGGAUAUGCAAUCAAAUGGGUGCUUACCGAAUUUGGUGUCUUAUCGAACUUUGGUUGCUGGUUUAUGCAAUCAGGGCAUGUACGACGAGGCCAAGAAUUAUAUGAAAGAAAUGAUAUUGAAGGGGCUUUCUCCACAUUUUUCAAUCUUUCAUGCAUUGAUCAUUGGUUUCUGUAAUGUUGGUAAGGUCAAUGAAGCUUGUGGAAUGUUGGAGGAAAUGUUGAGCCAUGGGGAAGCCCCGCAUGUGGAUACUUGGUUGGAAAUUGUACCUAGAAUUUGUGAGGUGGAUGAAACUGUUACAAUGGGAAAUCUUUUCGAAGAGGUUUUGAAGGUAGAAAUAAUGCCUGACACAAGAAUAGUGGAAGCAGCUGCUGGUUUGGAGGAAUAUCUAAUCAGGAGGAUACAUGGUAGAUCAAGAGUUGCUUGAAAGUUCUUUGUUAUUUACUUGUUUGAUCCAUUCUAUUCCCCUUCAACCUUGGGAAUAUGUAAGGUUCCAGGCUUGGACAACCUACUCCACAUGGUUCUGUCAUUAUUUAGUUCAGUUUGUUGCCAAAUUAGUUGUUGUUAGCUUAGUUGAUUGUAGUGUAGUGUUUGUGUCAAAAAAUGGUCCAUUUUCUAUGUUGUUUAACAUUGAUCUUCUACAAUCAAUUUGCUUAUUUGUUAUUUUUUGUUUAGAUAUUCAUUUAAGAUGUGAUAGGCAAAUAUGAGAAGGGUAGAUCAGACACUGAUUAGGUGAGACAUUCUCAUGUGGCUGGUUGAUAUUGAUAGUGGAAUUAUGGUUGGAGAAAUUUUGAAAGCAUAUUGGGUACACAAAGGGAGACGGUAGAUUUAUGUUUGGAAUGAUCCUUGGUGCAGGGAUGCUGUCUCAAAUGUGUUUUUCCAGACCUAUUCAGCAACCUGAUGGAUAAAGAUGGCUAUAUGAGUAAGUCAGGGCGAGUGUGGUUUGGAAUUCAUGCUUUGUUACGAACAUGCAAUAUUAGGAGUUGGAUUUGGUGAUUGCUCUUUCCCAUAGGACGUUGCAGCUUCUAUCCUGAAUUGCAGAGAGAGUUUGUCUUUACACACUGCAAAGUAUCUUAAAACUCGAGCAAAAUGAAGCCGGCGACGAGUAGUUCGAGGAAAGGGACGCCGAAGAGGAGGAAAGCGACGCCGGUGAGGAAUUAGACAGAAAUUGAUCCAAUUCGUGAAAGCAAAGGAGGAAAAAAGUAGCAUGCUAGCAGACUCCGCUGUAGUUGUGGAAGAACUCUGGUGGCAAGGGAUCGAUUAUGCUCGAUUGAAUUAUAGAAUGAUUUCAUUCUUCAAUUUCUCCAAACCAGAGACCGCAGCUUCUCGCUGGAGUCUAGUCAGGUUGAAUGCUUUCAAGGUUGGCAAGGGUUUGUCCAAGGACUCCAAAGCACAGAAAUUGGCUUUCCAACACUGGAUUGAAGCUAAGAAGGCGCCUUUUCAGAAGCACAGAGA